AUGCAUGAAAGAAAUCGCUACAAGAUCUCUCCUAACUUUGAAGAAUUAGCCCGAAAAUUUCCCGAAUUACAACCAUUUGUUAAAAUAAACAAGAAAAGGAAUAAAUGUUUUAUCAAUUUUCGCGAUUCCAAUGCAUUAUCAGCUGUUACCAGAGCCUUACUCAAGAUCGAUUUUAACCUUCAUGUUGAAUUGCCGAUGGAUAGAUUAAUACCAACAGUACCGUUGAGAUUAAAUUAUAUACAUUGGUUGGAAGAUCUUAUCCAGACGACUCAUAAUGACGACAUAUUUGGUAUCGAUAUCGGUACUGGUGCAUCGUGCAUUUAUCCUUUGUUGGCAGCUCGAAUGAAUGGAUGGAAUUUCCUUGCAACCGAGGUAGACCAAAGGUGUGUACAUUAUGCACAAAAAAAUGUCACCAUCAAUGAUUUGGACGAGAAAAUAAAAAUAAAAAUGGUUGCAGCUCAAGAUAUUCUUUGUACACCUUUACGAAAUGAGAACAGGCAACAGUAUGAUUUUUGUAUGUGCAACCCACCAUUUUUUAUUGAUUCACUCGAUGCUAAAGGUGCUAAUCGGACCUCUGUUAGACCACAACCGAAAUCAGUUUGUACUGGCAAAGGAAGUGAAAUCAUCUACGACGGGGGCGAAGUGGAGUUUGUAAAAUGCAUCAUCGAAGAUAGUACGCAGUUGCAAUCACGCGUAAAAUGUUAUACAUCAAUGCUUGGUAAAAAGUCUAGCUUGGAUCAUGUCAUAGCAAUAUUGAAGGAUAAAAAUGUAAGUACAGUAUAUUAUACAACAUCCAUAUUUAGCCAAGGUAAUACAGCAAGAUGGUCUGUGGCGUGGUCAUUUUGCAGCGAUCUACCUGGCAAUGAGGUACAACAUAGGACAUAG